UCUGCCUUGGAUGGGUACAAUGUCUGUAUAUUUGCUUAUGGACAGACCGGAAGUGGGAAGACAUACACUAUGGAAGGUCCGUCGGUAGAGGAUGAGGAAAACAGAGGAAUGAUAUCUCGAGCUGUCCUACAAAUAUUCAGUAGUACAAGAGAAUUAGAGGAUAAAGGUUGGCAGUAUGAAUUUGAAGGCUCAUUUCUAGAAAUCUACAAUGAAACCAUUAGAGAUCUGUUGGGCAACCAUGCAGCUGAUGUUAAACAUGAAAUAAAGAUGACUGGGACAGGUGGCAAUGACGUGAUGGUGACAAACCUAACAACUGUACCAAUUACUUGUGAAAAUCAGAUUACUGAUCUGCUGAAAAUGGCAUCAAGAAAUCGUGCAGUAGGAGAGACAAAUUGUAACGAGAGGUCGUCCAGAAGUCACAGCGUGUUCAGACUGAAAAUUACAGGUUGUAACGACAUCACCCAGGAGCAAUGCAAAGGUACCCUUAACCUUGUUGAUUUAGCUGGAAGUGAGAGGUUGAAGGAAUCAGGGGCCACUGGACAGAGAUUGAAAGAAACUCAAAACAUCAACAAGAGUUUGUCCAAUCUUGGUAACGUUAUAAUGGCACUUGGAAAUAAGGAGAAUCACGUACCAUACAGGAAUAGUAAGCUCACCUACCUUCUACAGAAUUCACUUGGGGGAAACAGUAAAACAUUGAUGUUUGUGAAUGUCUCCCCAAGGGAGGAGAACUUUUCUGAAACACUCAAUUCGCUUAGGUUUGCAACAAAGGUGAACCAGUGUAAUAUUGGGACUGCCACAAAGAAAUCUAAAUAAAAGCAUCUGCUUCACAGAACAGUGCCUUGUUUUUAGGAAUCAAAAAUGGCUUAUUUUAUUGGUUAGGACAGUUGCAGGAAAUGAAAUAAGCUAGCUUUAAGUGCUUUUCUUAGAUCAUAAUGCUGUGUUUGCUAUUUUAGCUGCAAGAAAUGCUUAAAGGUUAUCUGAAAUAUUAAACCACGACCUUUAACUGUAAUAGGUUUGCAUGUGUUUGUCCUAAAUGUUACUGUUAACCGGCUUCUCUUCAGGAAGAUUAAACAGUAUGUCAUUUGAGUCGCGCCAUGAGAAAACCAACAUAAUGCGUUUGAGACCAGCAUGGAUCCAGACCAGCCUGUGC